AUGAAACAUAUUUCAUAAAAUUCAUAGAAUUAGUAACUAGUCACAAAGACCUACAAUGACAUCCCAUUCACCAUUUAUAAUCGCUAUUAAGGAAUUAAGUUAUUGGGAGCUGGAUCAUACGGAACAGUUUUGUUGGCAUUGGAUACCCAGACCAACACCAAAGUUGCAAUUAAAAAAUUAAAUCCAUUAGAGGAUAUCAUAGAUGCCAAAAGAAUGUUGAGAGAAAUAAGAAUAUUAAGAGCUAUGACUCAUCCCAAUAUAGUUGCAAUCAAAGCAGCCAUCUAUGAUAACGUAUCAUAAGAGAGCGAUUAUUUUGGCACUGUCUAUUUAGUACAAGAAUAUUUUUAGGCUGAUCUUCACAGAGUUCUUAAAAAUCCAAAAGACCUCACUGAUGAUCAUGUCCAAUUUAUAAUGUAUUACUACACAUCCUAUUUGAGGUAUCAAUUAACCAAGGCUGUGGCAUAUCUACAUUCAGCAUCCAUCAUACAUAGAGACAUCAAACCAUCCAACAUCUUAGCCAAAGAUGAUUGCUCUAUAAGCUUAUGCGAUUUUGGUCUCUCCAGAUAAAUCGAAGAAUACGAAGAAGAAGAUAAUAAAAAAGCAUAAAAUUUCACAGAAUAUGUUGUCACAAGUAUAAACAAUCUAAAUCAAUCUAUAGGAUACUACAGAGCACCAGAAAUUAUGGUUUCAUCUCAAUAAUAUUCAUUUCCUAUUGACAUCUGGUCAUUGGGCUGCACUUUCGCUGAAAUAUUAAAUGAAGGAAAAGUAAAUUAUUAUACAAAGACUAUCAGGUCCUCUUCAAAGGCAAAACCUAUGUUUAAAUGGUUAAGAUGAUCUUUGAGACACUUGGUAAACCUAUCUAGGAAGACCUGGAUUAAUUCAUUAAGAAUAAAAACGCCAUGGAAUUUGUUUAAUCUCUGCCAAGUGUUCCACCAUAAUCAAUCAAAAAGUUAAUUGAUUAUCCCAAUCCUCUAGCUAUUGAUCUAUUGGAUAAGAUGCUUGUGAUCAACCCUCACAAAAGAAUCACAGCACAUGAAGUAUGAUAAAUAAUUAAAUCAGGCUUUAAACCAUCCUUAUUUUAAGGAGAUAAGAGAAAAAACUGAAGAAGCACCCUAUAAAGGGUAGACUGACUUUUCAUUUGAAAAUGAUGACACAAUUAGUUUUGAAUAGAUGAGAAUUAUGAUCCUCGAAGAAUUGAAUAAAUUAGGUGAAAAGAUAGAUAUUCAUGAUGAAAUGGAAAGAUUAAAACAACUUAGAGAAAAAAGGAGAGCCUAAAAACAUAAAAAGUGA